UCGUACGGUUUUAGUUCGCACCUCUACCUCAGGACAUCCCAAUGCCACUAGAGCCUCGGAGAAACGCAACGGGACAGCGGACGCCAAGGAUCCUCAAGGGUGUUUCAUAAAGCGUAAUCUGGUACCAUAUUUUAUCCCUUAAUGCCGAUACAGAACUCAUGCGAACUUUUCACAGCAGCGUGAUCCCAUUUUGUAAUUUCAUUGAGUAUGGGAAUGAGUUUGAGACGCUCGCUUCGCACCGCAGUUUUGCUGGGCUGUGUUAUAAUUUACAGCAAUGUGGUAUGUCCCGUGGAUGCCUACCUUUACAACAAUCGCUACGCUGGUGACCAGGUCUUCAGAAUCACACCAGACAGCCUCAAAGAUGUUGAGCUACUGCAGAAACUCUUUCAGAACAUGACCGUAGACCUGUGGCAGCCCAAUAGUGCCUCCCUGAUGCAGGAGGGCAGUCCAGUGGACGUCCACGUGGGUCGAACGCUCACUCAAGGUCUGCACCUUCAUCUCCAGCAGAAGCACAUCCAGCAUAAGGUGCUUAUCCCCAACCUUCAAAAGGAAAUCGAAAAGCAGACGGGAUAUCGGUCCGCAAGAAAGCGCCGCUCGGUGUUGCAGUACGAUUACGAGGUCUAUCACUCUCUAGAAGAGAUCCAGAGCUGGAUGUUUGAGAUGAACAGGACCCACUCACACCUGCUGGACAUGUUUUCAGUGGGCAGAUCCUAUGAGGGUCGGCCGCUCUAUGUGCUUCAGUUGGGAAAGAGAGGGCGGCCGUACAGGAAGGCGGUGUGGAUUGAUUGUGGGGUCCACGCUCGGGAGUGGAUCGGACCAGCGUUCUGCCAGUGGUUUGUCAGAGAGGCGCUGAACUCAUAUCAGCAUGACUCCGGCAUGAGACGUCUGAUGAAUCAGCUUGCCUUCUACAUCAUGCCCGUGCUCAAUGUAGAUGGUUACCACUACAGCUGGACAACCGAUCGAUUCUGGAGGAAAACACGCUCCAAAAAUCACAAGUAUCAUUGCCGUGGCGUGGAUGCCAACCGGAACUGGAAAGUGAAGUGGUGUGAGGAAGGAGCCUCCUCCCACCCCUGUGAUGAGACGUACUGCGGGCCGAGCCCAGAGUCAGAGCCAGAGGUAAAGGCCGUGGCCAAGUUCCUGCGCAAGCACAGGAAGCAAGUCAAAGCCUACAUCUCCAUCCAUGCCUACGCCCAGAUGCUGCUUUACCCCUACUCCUACAAAUACACCAUGAUCCCCAACUUCAACUGUGUGGAAUCUGCCGCUCAUAACGCAGUAACGGCGUUGUAUUCUGCCUAUGGAGUUCGAUACCGAUACGGACCUGCCUCAACUACUUUGUAUGUGAGUUCUGGGAGCUCCAUGGACUGGGCCUACAAGAACGGGAUCCAAUAUGCCUUUGCGUUCGAGCUGCGCGACACAGGCUACUUUGGCUUCCUCCUGCCCGAGGCACAGAUCAACCCCACGUGCACUGAGACCAUGAGGGCCGUGAAGGCCAUCGCCUCGGGGCUACUGAAGAAGUGUGCUGUCUGAGGACCAGAUUUACAGUGAAUUACAGACUAUGACCCUCUCAAAGGUGACAAAAGUAACUGAUGUGUGUUUGUGUAGGAGGUGGUUUUUACACUUUUUAACUGUCUUGUACUGUCUAGGUUUUUCUUACACCACCCCCCCUCCCCUUACCUUCACACUGUAACCUGGGGGUAGCCCUCUUCACAGCCUGCCUCUUCUUCACACGCCUGGGCCCCUUUGCUCUCAGCCACCUAAGGAUAGUCAAACUGUGAAUGCGAUUGGUAUGGUGCUCAACUGGUGGUCAUUGGCUGAUAGAUAUUCAAUGCAGUGUCAGCUAAAAGAUGCCUAACCAGUACAAGAUUGGCAGUACACCCAUCCUGUGCUCAUUACCAUGGCAACGGGGGAGUGGUAGCCAAAGGGUCUUUUUAGUGUAAUUACCCACAGGUCAUCUUUAACAGCAACUUUCAUGUACUGCCAAUCUAGCGAUCUCAACCUCAGGCUUUUUUUUUUCGGUGUCCACAUAAAAUGACUAGAGGAACUGUUCUACCUUACAUAAUCAGUUGGGUUGUUUAUUUUCAUUUAUAUGCAAAUUCAGAGAUUCAGAGAACCCUUUUUGUAGGCUACUUAAAGUAAAAGGUUAAAAGGGGUUUAACCUUUUUUGAUAAUCUAUAAUAUGCCAAAUAACGCUUGUUAGUAUAGGGUGAUCACAAGCACUUGAGGUCACAACUUACUGACAAUGAUGGUGUCAGCACAUUGAGAUUAUUCUGGUUUACAGAGCACUUUUAUCUCUUUGGAUUGUCUUGAAUUUUUUAAAUGCUGCAAACAACAACAUAAAGCUAAGCAAUUUGUGGUGUGUAAAUAAUAUACUUACCUAUAUUUUUGUAAAACACCAAGGAAAUUUUUCAGGGACAGCUGAAUGUUUCUCACAUAGUCUAGAAACUACAUUAGUAUUGUACACAAUUACAUGCACAUUCACUGUGUUUCUUUGACAAUUGCCAUAUCACGCUAGAAAUGCCAUAUUAGCGAUCCUAAUGAUUAGGUCUUAGCCUUAAAUACAAUCACAGUAUAUGUUUGAGACCUGUACAUUCGUGACAGAAAGUGGGUCUAUUUAUGCAUCCCUUUUGCCAACACUACAUGUAUUGUUUUGAGUUUAUUUGAGCUUGACAGAUAACAGAUGCUAGGAACAAUCAGCAACUGUUGGAACUGCAUGAAAAGAAGCCUGGGUGUACCAACUGACUGGGGUAAAAAGCAAGGAUUCUAGAAAAGAUUUAUCUCACAUGAAAUGUAUGCAGUCAUUGUAAAUGCCACAUAAAGACUUUGUUGUAGACAAUGUUUUGAAAUCGAGAGACACCUGUUUUGUCUGUGAAACAGCAGUGUUUACUUCACUUGAGAAGGCUGCUCUCAGUGAGUACUCACUCAUAACAAGAAUGUGUCAACGUGUCUCCUCAAAACUAUUUUGUAAUAAAUGUAUUUUAUUCUUUUAUA